AUGACCGCAGAAGAGUUGGCCCCUCUUUUCAAUAUUGGAUGGUCUGGCUUCACGGGUGUUGGAUACCCCAAGACCGUUCCAACUGCCAUCGCAAACCAUAUAGAAGCGAACAACCUACAAGACGAUCCUGCCACCAAGAAAAAGUUCAACCUUUUCGUAGGAGCCAGUGUUGGCCCUGAAGUGGAGGACAGAUGGGCGAGACUCAAUAUGAUCGCGCGGCGGUACCCCCAUCAGGUUGGAAAAGACAUAGCAAAGGGAAUCAAUGCUGGAAGGAUUGAGUUUGCAGAUAAACACUUGUCCAGUGCGUCUCCUUUCUCCGACACCCCACUCACUUCCAUUCCCAAUGAACCAAUAGUGUUCCCACAAGAUCUCACAUACGGCUACUACUCCCUCCGCCGCAAUCACGGAGACCCAUCCAAGCCUCUAGACUGGGCCAUCAUCGAAGCGACCGCCAUUACUGAAGAGGGAGGUAUCGUCCCCGGUGCGUCGGUGGGCGCGACACCCGAGAUUCUGCAGAGCGCGGAGAAGAUCAUUAUCGAAGUCAACACUCGCAUUCCUAACCUCGAGGGUCUGCAUGAUAUCAACCAGAGCUUUUUGCCCCCUCACAGACAGCCUUAUACCGUGUCAUUGCGAUUGUCGAGUCCAAUCAUCCCGAUAACCGGCCAAAAUUCUCCAGAGCCACGGAAAGCCGCGCGCGUCCUCUCACACUUGUGUACAUCGGCGAAACACGAAAACCGACGCGUAGAACCGGCUGGAUUGGGAGAGGCACUCGGCACAACCACCUACACAGUGCACGCGCUCGUUCAACUUGGAUCGCGUGUCCAAUUGGUCUCUGCGGCAGAGGGGUCAGGUUUGGGGGGCGGGAGUCGUGCACGACGCGAAGAAAUGGUGGUGGUGGUGAUGAGCGCGUCAGGCGACAUCGACGUGGUGUGA